CAUACCAAUAAACUUAUAUUCUAGCUAUUCUCUUGAGUAAGAAGCGUUGUGACGGAUGACAACAAGUUAUUGAAGUAAAACCUACUAACGUUAAACUAAAGCCAAAGUGUUUCUCCACACAGGUUUGCUAAAAAUAACAUGUUAAGUUUCAAUACGUUUACAGGGGUAAAUUACAUUAUUGACCACAGAAUUGACCAAUAGUCAUGAUUAAUGGCUGUUUAGAGGAAGAGGAGGGGCAGAUGAUUCAUCAUAAGGGUUAAAAGACCAAGUCAGGAGAUAUCUGUCCCCUAGAUACUCGAAUCAACAAUUAGUGAUGUUUUGGAGAGUAGACAGCAGCAGGUCUGAGGAAUCUGUUGAUUUCUCCCUUUAUGGAUUUUUGAAAAUAUUUGCUUUCAAGUUAUGGAAAAACAAAGAUAGAAAAGACCAAAUCAUAUGUCCAUUGUGUCGUGUUACCUCUGGUAGGAUGAUCAAAAGUCAAGAGCAAGAUGAAUUCAUUGCUGUGAGAGUUCAAGAUCCUCGUGUUCAAAACGAAGGGUCGUGGAACUCAUAUGUGGACUUCAAAAUUUUCCUUCAUACAAACAGCAAAGCAUUCACUGCCAAAACAUCCUGUGUGAGGCGGCGAUACAGCGAGUUUGUGUGGUUGAAGAAAAAACUGCAAAAGAAUGCUGGCCUGGUGCCUGUUCCUGAUCUGCCCAAAAAGUCUUUAUUCUCAUUUAUUAAUGAUGACUUCAUUGAAAGGAGGAGAAAAGGUCUUCAGAGCUUCUUGGACAAAGUGCUGCACAUGACAGUAUGCCUGUCAGAUAGCCAGCUCCAUCUUUUCCUGCAGACUCAGCUUCCUGUCAAGCACAUUGAGGACUGUGUGCAGGGUCACACCCCUUACACUGUGACAGAAGCCAUUCUGACUUAUGCUUCCUCUAACCGUGGAUGGGUGCAGGAGGAAGGGGCCGGAGCCCAAGAGUUAUGGCCUACCCCUGUUCCAUAUGAAUCCGUAGAGAGCCCUGCUCCUCACCUUCCUUCAUUACAAAGUCCGGGAGCCACAGUCAGUGGACCUCUGACCGAACUUACAGAUGUUUCAGACUCAGAGUCAAGGCUGAGUGAUGCAGAACAGACUGGACUUGACCUAAACCAGGGUACUGACCAUGAGGAGCUGCCUCAAGAGGAAGAGAGUUACAUUAAACUAGUCGUUGAAGUCCACCCGAACCUUGUUGUUUCUGUAGAAACUGAGGAAGAGGAUGGAAACGUUGGAUCAGAUGAAACACAAAGGCUUGAUAAGGAUACCAAAGAUCUACAAGACUAUGAUUGUGAAUGUCUUGCUCCACAGACAGAAGACAAGCUUCAGCAAGGAGAAGCAAGCAAUGAAGAAGAAACGUCUGUUGGCGAAGACGCAGUUGAUGUUUCCUCAGUAGAUAAGACUCUUGAUGAUAUCAAUGAAGAGAAGAAGGGAAGUCAAGAUGUUGAACUUGAACAGGAUAUCACUGCAAGACAAACCCCUGAUAAGGUUUUUCAUGAAGAAGAUCUAGAAAUAAGGAUCCGAAAUAAUGAAGUUCAUAUGGAUCUCAGUGCCGUUAGUGCUGAGAAGGUACUUGAAAACACAGAUGUUGCACUCCAUGGUUCUUGUGAGCAGAACACACCUGAAGACGAAGAUAAAGCUGAGAUAACAGAGGAACAUGCAACCCAGGAGAAUGGAGUCAGUGAUGAAGACACUGCUGUUCAGGAAGAGCCUAUGAAUGAGAAUGAGGUGCAUGUUGGGGAAGUGAACAAGCUCAAUGCAAAACAUCUUCAGCCUGGCAGUGCCGUUUUGAUACUUGAGGGAAAUGAGGAAGUGAUGAGCACACAAAUGGCCCCUGUGACUGUCAGUAACCACAAUGCUGAUAAUGCUGAUGUCAACACGCUUGUUUUACAAGCGUUAGAGAUUGAUUCAAUGCACUGUCACGAGACAGACAGUCAUGCAAUCAUCACUUCCCAUCAACCAGAUACUAACUAAUUCCCAAUGUUAGAUUCCCUCUUUCCCAGUCAACAUCCAAGGCGUUUUUCUACUGUCAUUUCAAAAUGAGUGUAUGUAACUGUAAAGGGAAGAACACAUCUCUACUUUUUCUGCAUUGAUCCACUUUUGACGUGUUCAGUUACAGAGUGUUUACAGAAGAUACACUGAAUGAUUAGACCAGGGUGUAGUUUUUCCCUACAAACAAUGUGAACAGAGAUAAUGCACUGACAAAUGUGUCAUUUGGGAUUGUGAGCAAAUUACACAAGCAAUGAAUAGUUAUCAAUCCAUGGUAGUGGGCAAAAAAGCAGGGCGGAUCACUAUAGCACCUUGAUUCUAAUUUUCACACUUCUUAACCAAAUGCAUGAUUUUAGCAACAGGAAUUACCCAAUGAUAUGUUGCUAGUCUAUUUUAACAUUUUAAAAACCAGAUUUUAACUGACUUGUCACUUGAUAAGGCACUUCCUCUUUUUUUCUCCCAACUGUAAAAACAUGUUGCUCUCACGUUUGCUCUACUGGAACUUUGGGUAAUUUAAGGGGAUAGUUCACUCCAAAAUGAAAUUAUAUCAACAUUUAUUCACCCUCACAUUCUCCCAAACCUGAGUAAAUGAUGAGUUUUCAUUUUGGGGUGAACAGUCCUUUUAAUAUAAUUGGUAUAUUUAGUAUCAGACUGUUAAGAGUAAUAAUUUUUUAAUAUUUUAAAGUUUUUUAGUUUCCUUGUACUUUAUUUAUGGUCAAAACACUAAUUUCCAUUCAAAGGCUUUAUGAGCUAUGGAAAAUAACCUAAAUUUGUAAGAAAUUACAGUGCACAUGAAAGAAUUAUGACAUAUUUUAUUUUCCCCAUCCCGAUUUAAUGUUGCACCAGGUCAAGUAAGCUGCUCGUUGACUGUUCUUCUAUAUUCUGCUGUGAUGUUGUGUUACAGUGGCUGUUUGUAAUACUAAUAUGGGAACAGAAACAUACUCAAAAGGGAAUUGCUUGUUAAAUAACAGUAAAGGGUACUUCUUUAUUUUUAGAUAAGGUGAUCUCUUAUCACACACAGGUGUUAUUUUUUCAAAAUUAGACUAGGAAGAUAAUUAUGAACGCACAUUUAGAGCAUCCUUUAUUUUUUAUUUUUUGUUGUUUUUGAAGGAUUUAAGUUAAGGUUACAUUUUUAACAGUAAGUUGUGAAGAGUAUAAGAACAUCUCACUUGGCUUUUUUUAUGUUCAUUUGAAAGAGCCUGCAUUGUACAUGAGUGCCAGAGCAGGUGUUUGUCACUGUAUGUAUGUUUGGACUCACCGAUGUGCUUACUAACAGUAAACCAAUAAAGAAUAAGAGGUUGAA